CACUCUUCACGUCCUCCCUAUUUCUCUCUCCACAUUUCUCUGUCAGUCAGAUCCAUGGCGGCUUUCGCAGGAACAUUUGUCUCUGUGCAGCCUCGUCCUCGUUUGCUCCGCCAAAGCCUUGCAACAACCAGUAUCUCCAGUCUGAAAUCACUUUCGUUUUCUAAUCGAGGGGGAAGGCUUACAUCACAGCAUCUGCCACUGCGCUUAAGGGUUUCUUGUGCUGCGAAACCAGAGACAGUGGAGAAGGUGUGUGCCAUUGUCAAGAAACAGCUUGCAUUACCAGAGGACUCUGCAAUUACUGGUGAAUCAAAAUUUGCAGCGCUUGGAGCUGAUUCUCUUGAUACGGUGGAGAUCGUGAUGGGACUAGAGGAGGAAUUUGGUAUCAAUGUGGAAGAGGAGAGUGCCCAGAGCAUUGCAACUGUUCAGGAUGCUGCAGAUCUUAUUGAGAAGCUCAUUGAGAAGAAGGAUGCUUAGAAGAAACAGAGAAAUCCAGAGCUGGAGGUUUUUAAACCUUACCUGGCAUCUCUUAGUAGCCUUCUGCAUGUGGAAUCUCUAGCAUUCCUGUUACAAACUUACAUCUUUUUGUGUGUUGCUCUUCAGUACUUUUUAAGUUAUGCCUGGAUUUUCGGUUUCAUUAUAGCCAGAGCUUAGCAUGAUAGAGUGUCUUUGGUUAGGGUAUUCAUUUUAGUAAACAAAGCAUUGCCAGAUUCAGUUCAAUAUGAAUGGUGCGAUCUGCAACAUUUUGAACAUUCUUCGUUCAAGCUAUUUCCUGCAAUUUUAUUUACC